AUGCCUUCUCGCUGGGCAGAAACAGCCGAAGAUGCCGCGGAGUAUGCAAAACGAAAGGCGGAGAAGGAAGAGAAGAAGAGGGUGAAAGCAGAAAAGCAGCAGCAGCAGCAGCGGCAGGCAGAGGAGGAGGAAGCACAGCGGGCACAAGCCAGAAUCCAUAACAACGACGAGGACGCAGCAAGACCCAACAAGCGCCGACGACUAUCUCCCACCCAGGAAGAGCAGAACAACGAGGACAGUACAGGACGUCCGCUCCUCCGCUCCACCCCUCGCACCUGGCAACCCUGCCGCUCAAUCUACCACUUCGACCUCCUAAAUCACAUAGAAGAGGGCAGCUACGGCUUCGUCUCACGUGCCCGCGAAAACGCCACUGGUAACAUCGUCGCUAUCAAGAAACUCAAACUCGAUGCUAUUCGUGAUGCGGGGUUUCCUGUUACUGCAUUGCGAGAGAUUCAGUGUUUGAGGGCUGCGGCUGGGCAUCGGCAUGUGGUUGGGUUGAGGGAAGUUGUUUGUUCUGAUUCUGAUUCUACUGAUCGAGAUCGGGAUCGGGGAAGCGGGGGUGGGAAGGGAUCUGGGGGUGGUGGGGAUGGCCGGGACGUCUACCUCGUCAUGGACUUCCUUGAACAUGACCUCAAGACCCUCCAAGAGGAGAUGGUGGCGCCCUUCUCCCCUUCGGAGAUCAAGGCGCUAUUACUGCAACUCACCAGCGCAGUGGAUUUCUUACACGACAACUGGAUCCUCCAUCGUGAUUUAAAGACGAGUAAUAUCCUCCUCAACAACCGCGGCGAAAUCAAAUUAGCUGAUUUCGGCAUGGCGCGCUUCGUGGGUGAUCCUGCACCCGCGAAUCUUACGCAGAUGGUUGUUACGCUUUGGUAUCGGGCCCCCGAGCUUCUGCUGGGCGCGAAGGAGUAUGGGGCUUGCAUUGAUGUCUGGAGUCUUGGGUGCAUCUUCGGCGAACUCCUGCUCAAGCGGCCGGUGUUGCAGGGGCAGAACGAGGUGGAUCAGUUGGGGUUGAUCUUCGACCUCUGCGGUCUCCCCUCUGAGGAGAAUUGGCCCGGUUUCAAACGUCUACCCAAUGCCCGGACUCUUCGUCUCCCACCUUCGUCAAGUGGGAAGGGGGCUCAUGGCCCCACGAUCCGCUCCCGUUUCCCCGCCCUCACUCCCACUGGUACAUCUUUACUAACCUCCUGCUUAUCUCUCAAUCCUGCCUCGCGACCGACCGCGAAGGAGAUACUAGAUCAUGCUUACUUUCGCGAGUCGCCGCGGCCGAAGCCGACGGCGUUGUUUCCUACUUUUCCUUCUAAGGCGGGGCAGGAGAAGAGGAGACGGUAUGCUAGUCCUAAUGCGCCGAUAAGGGGGGAGGCGGUGGAAGGGACGGGGGAGGUGGAUUUUAGUUCGGUGUUUGAGGGGAAGGGGGAGGUAUGA